GGACUCGUGGGUGAAACUGGUAGAAAUGUACUAGUAUUGUCUACAGCAUUUUUACCCGUCUAUUCUUAAUCCCCUUGUCCUUAAAACCCCAUAUCUACACAGCAUAAUUGUAUAGUGUACUUCACCAUGGAAGAGUCGAAACAACCCGAUUUAACGACUGCAAACCUCUGACCCGCCGACAUUACAAGUUUUACAACUGGUAUGGUAUUUGUCGUGUGCGAAGUGCUACAAGAAAGGAUCGUCCAUUAGCUGAAGCGUUCACUAGAGCAAUAUCUUCGCUUGUCAAAUCGCUAAGCAGAAGACUCAGCUGCAUUUGCACAAGGGGAGGUUUGAGGACAUCUAGAUCAGGUGUCUAACAGAUCAAUAAGGUUAUAGAGAGUCCACGGAUAUAUGAGACAACACCAUGGCCGUCAUAAACUUAUCGUCCGUUCGAAUCCCUGCUCUUGUACGGAACUUGAACGACAUGCGAGUCUCAGGAUCCUUGACAGACGCAAGACUCCAUGUUAACGGCGUGACGUUCCCUGUCCAUAGGAACGUCCUGGCCGCAGGCAGCCCGUAUUUCGCGGCUAUGUUCACCAAGGGGCUGCAAGAAGCUCGGCGGGAAGACAUUUCCAUCUACGGUGUUGGUCAGGACGCCAUGGCUCACGUUUUAGACUUCAUUUACACCGGGAAAGUUUCACUAACUAGUGACUGUUUCGAAACAGUACAAGACCUUGUACAAGCUUCGGACUUACUUCAGGUCGUUGACCUUCACCGUGCCUGUGAAGAGUGGUUGGUUCCGCGGGUAAUCCCGGCUAACUGCGUCUCUCUUUACUUCCUGGCGCGCACCUACAACUGUCAGGAGUUAGUUCAAGCAGCCCGGUGGACGCUUGUUUCUGACUUCACCGACGUGAGCAAGAGAAGCGAGUUCCUCGAUCUAGAACUGUCCCAGGUAAUAGAGCUUGUAUCAGAUGACUAUUUAGGUGUGGAUGAGGGGCUAGAUGUUUUCGAAACCGUGGUAAGAUGGGUACAGCACAAUGGCGCAGGCGGAGAAGUUGUCGCAAAACUCAUGAAACACGUGAGGAACAACCCCAUGAGGUCUCUGUGCUCACGACAGAAGAUACUAAAACACCAGGUGCUGGGAGACUGUCCAACUGCUACACAGCUGUGUACAGCUGAUCAGGUGCAGGGUGGCCUGAAUGAUGCCGCAGAUGUAUUGAGCAACCCACAGUCUCUAGGAUUCACCCCACCCUUAAAAUUGGGUACGAGGAGGUCCGACGCCAUCGUGUCUGUGUGUAAAGACCGCGAUUCUGAAGACCUGCAAUUAUAUGAAACCCGUACAAAGACUAAGUAUCGCCUUCCUAAGCCCUACACCGCCUCUGGUUUCAGUAGCAUCGUAUCGCAGGAUAACAAACUGUACGUAGCCGGUGGACUUAGGAAGAAUCUAGCUGUAAAGGAUCUAGGUACAAACAUUAAGCUCUAUGCCUGUGCACACUUUUAUGUCUAUGACGGUCUUCACAACAAAUGGUGGAUGAAAGCCUCCAUGCAUGUCAGCAGGUUCGACUUUGCAUUAGCCAGUGUCGGUAGUCAUGUGUACGCUAUUGGCGGUAAGCCCCAUCCUCAUGGCAAAGCGUUGUCGGAUGUCGAAAGGUACAACCCGGAGGAAAAUACUUGGCAUAGAAUGGCCCAGCUUCCAAAUGGUUCCAAUGGACACCACGCUGUUACAAUAGAAAGCAACAUUUACGUCUUGUGUGGUUUCGACAGUCCGAGAAGCAAAGAUGUUUUCUGCUACCAGACGUUGACCAACACGUGGACGAAUGUUGCACCGAUGCCUGCUAUCAAGAGAAUCGCCGGUGCGACAGUUUUCUGUGAGAAGAUCUACACGAUCCUGUCGUCAUGGAAGAAUUCAUCUUGGAAACCGACAACCAUGGCGAUAUACGACCCCGAGACGGACCGGUGGGAGCAGGAUGAACAGUUCGUUCCAGAGGAGGUAGAAGUGGUGGAGGGGCCGGUGGCUGGGGAGGACAGACUGUAUCUGUGCUGUACGCGAGGUUUGUACGUCCUGCGACCAACAGGCGUCCCGUGCCCGUUGGACCAGUGGAGUCUUUACGAUAAAAACGUUGUCCCGCGGUCAGGACAGGCAAGCGUCUACUGUAUAAAAGGAUAUGUUCACAUUGGCGGGUUGAGCACCAUCACGUACUGAUCAAUUACCUUUACCACGGGGCAAGCUUGACGCCAGCAAGUUAACAGACAGUGGGCGAUCACAUGUUAGACAUAUGAAAAGACGUAGUUUGGAGCAUCAGCAAACAAACAUGUCUGAUACAAUCAUAGAGGAUGGCGCAUGAAGAGAUAUCUGCUGUAUCAUAUGUAACUUAGCAGGGUGGAAAUACAAUUCCCGUUAUGAAAUACUGUAUGACUCGUGUCUUUCUCUAAUGUAUGACAGCAAUGAAUAGUUUAAAUGAUAUAGAAUUGAAGUAAAUCAAGAGAUACACGUGUUACAUUAGGGCAUAGUGGCAUAAAGCGAAGUAUGCUCAUAUCCGUAACAUGUACAUCUUUUAACCUGGUAGGAACUUGCAGGGCUUGUAACAUGAUAUGAUGAAUAUGCCUUUGAAAUGAUAAAAGUAACACUAUAGAUAUUACGUACAUGUGGCGUCGAUUGACCGAGAGGUUAGGCUAGCGGAUACGAGACCAGGAGGUCCCGGGUUCUGUUUCUGGUGUAUCACGCCAUGUCCUUGAGAAAGGCACCAAUGACUUUCCUCACUCCACCGAGGUGUAAAAAUGGGCUCAACCAUCCAACGCCGUGCCUUAGAGACAAUGAAUAACAUACAAUCCAAUACCUAAAAAAGGACUACCUAAAGUUUACCUAAAUUUGUUCACCAUUCGUACUGCAAAGAUAAUAUGAUGGUGUGUUAUGAAGCAAAAUAUCAUGAAGGAAUGAACGUUCAUUGUUUUACAUGUUACAUGUUCAUUGUUUUACACUGAUUCAAUAAACCCAUCACCACCGGGGAUCAAAACCGUCUAAAAA